CUCUCCCAGCUGAACAUGAGGCCGCCUCAGGCGGAAGGAGGGCGGCGGUGCUGAGAGCGCGCCAUCUCCGCCCGCCGGAAGUACGGCCUCGGAGGGGGGGGGAAGAUGGCGGCGGCUAAGCGGAGCGUCUUGUCGUCGUUGGCGGUUUACGCUGAGGAUUCGGACCCAGAGUCGGACAGCGAGGCUGGGACGGCGGGAAGCGAUGGGGGAGCGGCUACGGGAGAGAAAGGAGGGCUGGUCUCAGUUGGGUACGGAGAUGAUGACUUCACCCGCCUGGAUGGUGAUGAGGACGGAUAUGAAGAAGAGGAUGAUGAGAACAGCAGGCAGUCAGAAGAUGACGAUUCAGAGACUGAAAAACCUGAGGCUGGUGACCUAAAGGAACUCUCAGAACUGGAGAAAAGAGAUCCUCAGGAGCUAGUUGCUUCUUUUUCAGAGAGGGUGCGGAACAUGUCACCAGAUGAGAUCAAAAUCCCUCCUGAGCCUCCUGGCAGAUGUUCUAACCACUUGCAGGAUAAAAUUCAAAAGCUAUAUGAGAGGAAAAUAAAAGAGGGCAUGGAUAUGAACUACAUCAUUCAGAGGAAAAAGGAGUUCCGUAACCCCAGCAUCUAUGAAAAGCUGAUCCAGUUUUGUUCAAUUGAUGAACUGGGUACAAAUUAUCCAAAGGACAUGUUUGAUCCUCAUGGCUGGUCAGAGGAUUCCUAUUAUGAGGCAUUAGCUAAAGCCCAGAAGAUUGAAAUGGAUAAAUUGGAGAAGGCCAAGAAAGAACGCACAAAGAUUGAAUUUGUGACUGGCACUAAAAAGGGUACAACAACAAGCGCCACUUCUACAACCACCACAACAGCCAGUACCACUGUGGGAGAUGCCCAGAAGAGAAAGAGCAAGUGGGACUCAGCCAUCCCUGUAACAACAAUAGCUCAGCCCACCAUUCUCACCACUACUGCAACACUGCCAGGUGUUGUCACAGUGACAACCAGCGCGAGUGGAUCCAAAACUACAGUCAUAUCAGCUGUUGGAACCAUUGUGAAAAAGGCGAAGCAAUGACCGGUGUGCUGGGCCUGGAUUUUUGGACUUAAUUGUCAUUGCUGUUGUUCUUGGAGGGGAGGGGUGGCUUUUGCCUUUGGGAAAAGUUGACAAGAUUCUUUGCAGCAGACCACAGUUCCCUUUGGAAGGAAUGGGGGCAGGAGCAGGCACGCCAGCUGUGUGCCUACAGGAAUGGACUGCUGCGGAAAAUGCUUCUGCCUUUUCUUGCUGGGAGAAGAACUAGUCUGUGUGUGUUGUGCUGGAUGAAGCUGGUAUCUGGAGUCAGCCUUUUAAACUGCUGUGUUAGGGCCUUGCCCCACUUGUAAGUCUCGUUUAUGGGGGGGGGGGGCAGGGAGGGGGAAGGGGCACAAAGCAAACUGUGUGCUAACUCAGUUCCAA